GAAUGCGCAGAUCUGAAUCACAAAUGAACAUGGUGCACACCCCACCUAGUGGGGGUAAACAUGAGCUCUCGAGGGGUGCAGCGGCUGAGAGGGAGAUGAGGACCAGACAGCGGAAGGAGAUGGAGGAGGAGAAACUGAGACGCAUCUGGGAGGAGGCGCAGAGAAGCAAGGAGGAAGCAAGAGAGGCUAAGCGGGAAAUCCAGCGACAAAAGGACAUCCGGAUGGCAGAGAUCAAAGCGAGGUGGCUGGAGAAACAAAAGGAGAGGGAUAAGAGCUUCCAAGAGAUGAUGGAGGAGCGACGGGAGGCGGAGAGGGAAACCGCAGCUACCCUGGAGAAGAUCCGGCGGGAGAGUGAGAUGCGCAGACACACUGGAUACUGGCAGCAGAGACCAAACUUCUCCCAGACCAGAAGAUCCCUUCAGGGCGAGGGAGAACAUUCAGGCAGACAUAAUGUACUGGAUCCGAUCGAAGAGAGUAGACCUAAAGUGGACUCAAGACAGUCUCGAAGAGCCUCGGCUCCUCCGCCGCAGAAGUCGAAUGCGGACAAGGUAUCUGACAAGAACAGAUCUUCGGAUGGGAGUGCACCGAAGACGAGACCGAAGAGAUUCAAGAAACGAUCAGCAUCGGCUAGCAAGGCGAGGAAGGGAUCGGGUGCAGAGGGGGCGGGGCAAGGGGUGGAUGGGGGUGAUGAUGGUACCAAUGCACAUGAAAGAUCCGUGUCUGCUCCUCCUCUCUUCUCAGACGUGGCCAAACGACUCAUGUUCGCCAAAAGAAGGUACUCUACGAUGCGGCUGAAGACGGCGGUGGCGAGGAAGAUGCGCAGUCUCAUGAUGGCAGAGAAGAGGAACAUGGAGGAGGAAGACAACAGGUACACGCGCACAAACAAAGGGCACGACGGAACCGACUUCGAAAAGCCUAAUAUCCGAGCGAUUGACGUGGGGGACUUGCUCCUGUCUGAGACGAGUGAGAGUGAGUACGGGGGAGGACUAAAAGCGAGAGACUACAGGGGAGGGAGCAAAGGAACAUCAGAUCCCAGCGAUACCCUGACAGCACUCCGUGUGUUGAAUAGAGAAAGGGGUUCUUCUGUGUUGAGUAGCAAUGGAGUGUCAGUGGAGUUGGACCAGUUCAUCGGACCCAGAGACUGCGAGGACAUCCUCCAGAGGACCAUCAACAAAAUCAAAAACACUGGUUUGUGUGGGAAGAUAGCAGACAUGAAAUCGAGAGAGGGACACAUGAUGAACUUGAGAAGGGCAGUGGUGAAGCCUCACUCCACUGAGACGACAACAGGAGGCAGCAACCCCUUCAACAGGUACCAGGAGCUGGAGCGACUCAACCACUUCCUUGAGCAACUGAUGGACAAGAUGAGAGACUGUCCGAUAGAGGAUGAGAACAAGAUCAACAUAGUGGAGAUCACAGACCAGAUUGUGAGGUAUCUCUCCGAGGAGGAGUUCCACAUGUUCCGCUUCUGCCUCGGACUCCAAAUCGACCAUGCAGUGCCUCCCAAACUCGAGGAACACACCAGACUCUUUUCCAGAUUACUCCUUGUUUCAGCUAGGCUGCUGAAGAAGAUCUUCACCUUCUUCCGCAAAGUGGAGAACCAGUCGGAAAUUGACGACAUCUACUUGACAGAGAAAAAAAGGAAUCUCCAGCAGACCGAAUUGGACCAGGGGAGCCAUCGCCAAUAA